AUGGUUUGCCUUGCGUCGAUAGUGUACCACAUACCUUUCCUGCGAACGCAUCUCCCGCCUUGUCACCCUCAUUUUGAGACAGCGUUGUUUCAGGACGCUGAGCUUAUCAAGAGCUUGAUGGAGCGUGUGCAUUGCGGAUUUAGUGGACCUGACUCGAAGCUGAAAGCAACAGGACUUCCACCUCAUGUAACUAUAUUAAGCCCCGAUAUCGUGAAGGAUAUCGUACAUGAGCUAGAGGAUCGAGCUAUCGGUGCGCGCACAGUCACCUAUGAUGGAUUGCAUGAUGCGCUGCGUAACUGUCUUGCAGGACGUGCAGCACCACCGACCUUCUUCUGGGCUGGAAAGUUUCGCCGUGUUCCCCCCGACUUCGUCCUCCCUGAGUGCUCCAUUGCGCAUCUGUGGGUGAUCUGGCGGUCUGUGUUGACCUGCCAAACAGAAACAGUCAAAAGCGACUCAGUGAUGCUCGAUAUCUGA